GCCAUGGGCAACCACCACAGUCAUUCGGACAACCACAGCAGUUCAAGCUCACGGAGCAAGAGCAUUUCAAGGACCAGCUCUGGGGCGGACAUAAAGGAGCAAAAUCAUGCCACAGCGCUGGUACCCGUCGACAAACUGGCCAAGAUACUUGUACAAAAAAAUGCUGAUGAAGGAACUGGUCAAAAUGUCAUUUCAGCAAAUGUGUUUGCUAAAUAUCUCUUCCCUCAAUAUCCUGAACUUGGAUUAAAAGUUUUCAACUAUAUGGCUAGAUGUGGAGGAGCCUGUAAAUCAUCAAAAAGUAUGUCUGCUUCAAGUUUUCGACAGCAAGCUGACAAGUUACUACAAAUCAUCCCAGAUGAGAAAAUUGCCGAGCUUUAUAUUAAGAUUUUUUCCGAAGGAUCUGAAGAAGUGGCUCAACAACAAGUAUUGGACUUACUGAUGCUGACUUACCGCCUUGCCAUGGAUAACUACCCAGGGGGGCCACAGACCUGCCUACAUAUCCACCACACUCUUCAGGCAGUGGUGGAUUCAGCCUUUCACAAGAAAUUGGCAGUCUCUCCCGGCUACAUGAGCAACUGGCUUCUUCAACACCUUCCUAGGCUUCUGCCAUUAUUACAUCGGUAUGUCGUCCACGUUUUGACAACAGCGUACCGGUCUCUUCAAGAAAAACAGCCAGUCACAACUUCAGCUCCUCAAGGGGAUGCUUCAUGUGAAGCAGAGGAGGGCAUGGAACUUUCCACACCUGUUCUCGAGAAAAAUUUUGACAUUGAUACCAAAGGACCAUAUCUGCUGCCAGUAUCCCAAGUUUGGCUUCUAGCAACAAGUCUUCCUGCAAUUUUUACCAUGCCAUCUCAACACCCAAAUGGAUCAUCUUCACCUACUCAACACAAUGGUUCAUCUGCCCAAUCACUUAUCGCCAAAAUGUUGGGAUCAACAUAUCCAUCUCAUUGGGCACCUUUGUACAGUAGUGAUCAACAUGGAUUAGGCUCAAAUAGAUUUCUACAUCAUGUACUCAGCUACCGAGGACCUACUCUCACAUUCCUAAGAGGACAGGAGGGAGUUGAAUUCUGUCUUGCAGCCGAUUCAGAGUGGCAUGAAUCUAAUCACUACUGGGGAUGCGAAAAUUCCUGCGUUCUGCAGAUUUUACCUCUUUUCCAUGUUAUUGAACGGGGUGCAAAACUUCUAUAUUUAAAUUUUAGUAUCCGGGGUUAUCCUAAAGGAAUCCAUGCUGGUACUAAUCCCAGCAAACCAAGUCUCAAACUUGAUGAUUCCUUCAGUAUGAUUACUUAUAGUGGUAUUCCUUAUCCGCUGGUCAGUGUAGAGGUGUGGGGGUGUGGUACAUCUAAAUCAAGGGAGCAGCAGCUUGAAACAAAGAAAUGGGAAGUCAAGCAAGCAGAAAAACAGCGAACUGUGAAGCUUAGUGCUGCUGACUGGGUUGAUCAUCCAGAUCGAUACUUGUUAGAGUUAGGAGGUCGUCAAACAUACAAUACUCCAUCCAACUAGCCCUCUCUAGUCAGGUAGAAUACUUUUAAUUCUACCUUAAUCUCCCAGGGUUCUUGAUGAAGAAUGAUGGUUCUUUUAUAUUUUGUGUUGCAUAGAGUAGUUGUCAUCCAUCUCAAUUUGGACCUACCCCACAGUCAUACAAGAAUGGGUAGUCAAAGAACAAAGCUCAGCUGGUGACAUGACAAAAAUUGUGCCCAGUCUGCCAUUUCGUCCAUGGAAUAAGAUUAACAGUAUGAUUUGCCUUGACCGAAAGAGUUACUUGCUGUUUCCUCUAUAUAAAACAAUAUAUAAGAAGCAGUAAAAGGCUAUUUGUUACUGUAUGAUAUGUUUAUAUUGUUGAGGUUUUUGUAACAUGUGCUGUGCUGCUUGUGCCUAAAGUUAUGAGAAUUGCUCCAGCAGUCAGUAGACAUAGUAAAUUAUUUGUGAUGUGUGUAAGGUAUAUAAUAUUUUGUUUUAGUAGUAUUGUGAAGGAUACAUUCCGUUAUGCGGACAUAAAGUCAGAUUUGAUGACAUAUUUAGGCAUGGCAUUUUCUUAAUUUGUGCUUGUGUGUUGAGCACAUAGAAGUAGACAUAAACUACUCCAAAACUUAAGAACUACAAUUUACUUAAAAUGAGAUUGGUAGGGGUUUUAAAAAAUAUUUUCUUUUAGCAUAUUUUUAUAGGUUCUUCCAAGGCUUUUGAGUUUUACUUAAUUUUAAAUUUUUUAAAUAAUUGACAAUAAGUAAGGCCUCAGUAUUAAAUUUUUAAGUUCCAUCUGAUUGUUUGGGCUGCAUUUUUUAUACUUCUGUCUUAAUUCUCAAGAGACUCAUUUGAUCUGCGGUCUCCUCUGCUCUAAUGCCUUUCUGAGGAGAUGUGCAUUGGGUGCAUUGAAUCACUCAAAUUGAUGAUACUCUAUAGUAAGUUGGCUCCUGUCCCAUUCUGACAGAUAAUGGAAUGUGUGUCAUCUAUCAAUUUGCUUCAUGAUUUUCUGUCUUGAAGAAACUAUCUGAUAACUUUACCUUUUUCGCUGUAAUGUGUUUUAAAUGAAAGGAAGGAUGGGCUGGGAACCUUCUGGCGAGCCUUGCCCCAUUAUGUUAUGUUAUACAAUUGCCAAAUAUAUAUUUUUGCUGUAAUAUAACAGGCAGCACAGUGCUUCUUUGCAUUGCAGCUCAAUUGAAAGCCUUAAAGAUUUAUGCUUAUGCAUUUGUAGUUAAAAGAUGAUCGCGUGUGAUAAAUCACAUUCAGAAUGUGUUGGACUGUGAUCCAUUAUUAAAUGUAGUGUUUACCUUACUGUGUUUGCCGCUAGUUCUUUCCCAGUUCCUUUUGAAAGUUUUGCUAUUAGUUGUGUUUAAGUUUAAAUAUCUCAUGUCGUUCAUGGUACUGUCUCCACUUGUAUUUUUAUUACUGAAUGGAUGUGUGUCUUCAAUUUAGAAAAAUGAAAAUCCUCUACUUUAUUUCUGAAAUCAAAUUGUAAUUGAAAUUGCCAAUGUGGCCAACGCUCAUGUGGAGGUGGACAAUCAACCAUUCUUACAGAUUUUUAUGCUCCUUCGUCAUUUUGUUAAUGUGCCCUUGUUUGUGUGAUACCAUAUUAUAUUCAAGGUGUGUUCAUAGAGUUCAUUUAAAAAAAAAAAAAAAUUGUAGCAGGAUGUGGACUUGAAAGUAAAGAGACUAUUUUGUUCCCUUGCUUUAUAUUUACUAAUAUACAACUUUAGGGUGGUAAAAUAAUUUACUAUUUUACACUUUACUGUUGUGAGGACAUUUACAGUUACUAUUCUGGCAUUGAUCUUACAUAAGGAUUGACGUCAUCUAAAACGUUUUCUUUUUCUUGUCUUUCACUUAAGAUUGCAGGUUGUUUUGUGAUUUUUUUUGCCUUUGUCUCGAUGCAUAAUUCUCAUGGAUGCAAUAACACUGUGAUAAGAUUUUUAAUUUUGUUUCAUUUUACAAAUCAAGUGUGUUUAUUGCAACCAUAUUUUCUUCAAAUCUUGCUCCUUUGGUUGCCAAGACUUGAUGUAUUGAUCAAGUAUUAAUAAUGUUGUUCUAAAGUCUUUGUAGUAGAAUUGGUAUGUCUAAAGUAUUUUAGCAGUAUAUUUUUUUAACAUUAAGCACAAAGACUGAAAUAGAGAGUUAUUGGUUCAAACCUGUGGACGAUAUAAUGUGUUUGUUGUCUUUGUCUAGGGGUUAUUGUGAAUGAAAUUUUUACUAUUUUAAUGAUCACACCCACACCUAAGGGGUUAGAGGCACCUUGGGACUUAGAAUUUAUAUUUUUCUUAUGGAAGACCUGAAAAUAGCUAAAGUUAUAUUGGAUUGGAUAUGCAACCCGCAACCCCUCGUCAGCUGUAGUUACCAAGUCAAGUAAAGUGCAUCACAUUUUUGGAAAAAAAAUAAAUUUUAAAAAAUACUGCUUUGUAGAGGAAUAGUGCAUUUCCUUUUGACUUUGACAGAAUAUCCAUCUUACAAUCCAACUCUGAAUGAAGUACUCUUACUGAACAUCUAACGUAGUAUUUAUUUAUCUGGUGAUACCAUUUUAACUUGUUUAUUUCUUAAUUUUCAUCUGUUCUGGGUGGAAAUUUACUGUGGAAACUUAAGUUGUAUGCUUUUACCCUUUUUUUCUUGAGUGUAUUUCAUUAUAGUGCCAUAUUAAGUACUGCUUGGUUUUUUCUGUUUGUUUUUAAAAUUUAAAAGUACAUAUAACUGAGAAUGUAUGUAUAUUUCUGUCUGAUCUUAUCUUUGCUACUUAUCUUUUGAAAACUUGAAUGGGUCAUUCUGAUUGUGAAAAGUUAACAGCCUGUUACUAUUUGUGUUUACACCCUCUUAGCAAGGGGAGAAAAAUCAGAUUUUUAAAAUUAAAAAUACAAAACAGUCACCCAUGUAAAAGUCAAAGGUUUUGAUCAAUUUGUGUUUCAAAUUCCAAUGAGAAUCUCAUUGUGAUCUGCAUAAAGUGAACAGAAUAAAAUAACCAUACCAAAAUAUAUUUUUCAA